AUGAUUACUGCGAUAGCCACAGAUUUGGAAGGUAUUAAACAUUUUAACCAACAUCCUGCUGAAGUGGAGGUCCAGCAUGAGCUUCCAGUCACUGGUAAUGAUGGUAUAUCACUAAAGAAUCUAAAACACACCAGACAGCGGCCUGAAUAUGAAAGCACCCAAAAUUAUACUCCAGGAGAGUUUCUGGAUCAAUCUUCAAAUUCAUCUGGUAAUAUUAACGUAUAUUCCAAUACCGAUGGGCUCACGGCUGACAAUAUCGAAUUUCCUGAUGGAGGGUUGAAAGCAUGGUUGACGGUUAUGGGAUCAUUUCUUGGACUCACUGCCAGUUUCGGGAUAUUCAACAGCACCUCUGCUAUAGAGACAUACAUUGCCAAUAAUCAAUUGGAAAACGUAUCAGCGUCCGUGGUGGGGUGGGUGUUUUCCAUCUACAUGGCGAUGUCGUUGCUUUGUGGCAUUUUCACCGGUGAUCUUUUCGAUAUGAAGGGUCCAAGAAUUCCGAUUUUUCUAGGAGGUCUGCUUGUGUUUCUUGGGGUCUUCACCACUGCCAGCUGUACUAAAGUUUAUCAAUUUAUUCUUGCUCUAGGGCUAGUUUGUGGACUUGGGAUUGGGUUUCAGGUCAGCAGUUUAAUUGGCAUCAUAUCUCAUUGGUUUGAUAAGAAAAGAGGUAUGGCUACCGGGAUUGCUACUGUUGGUGGCUCAGUUGGUGGGGCUAUUUUCCCUAUUAUUCUUAAGAAAUUGUAUUCGUCGUUGGGAUUCCCUUGGGCAAUGAGGGUUCUUGCGUUUAUUCUUGCAUUUUUUGAAAUUCUUGCCCUAGUAUUGGUCGUUCCUAGAUUCCCUCCCAAGAAAUUCCACCACGAUAAAAAAAUUCCUCUUUAUAAAAGAACCAUCAAAUUUUUGAAAAAUACCGUUGAUCUUAAGGGUCUCAAAGACCCAAGAUUUGCCUAUUGCACCCUUGGAGUAUGCUUAUCAGAAACUUUCCUCUCUUGCUCAUUAACGUACUAUGGGUCGUAUGCCUUAGCGAAAGGUAACUCGGAGAGCACUUCGUAUUUACUCAUCACCAUUUUGAACGCGAUGGGGAUUUUUGCCAGAGUCGCUGCCGGUUACCUUUCUGAUAAAAUAGGGAAGUUCAACAUGAUGACAAUCAUGGUGUUCUUUUCGUCAUUGUUCUGUUUGAUCAUUUGGUUACCAUUUGGCCAUACCACCGGAGGGUUGUACGCGUUUUCCGUGAUUUAUGGGAUUUCCUCGGCCGGGGUGUUAAGCUUGAUUCCCCUUUGCCUUAGCCAAAUUAGUCGGGUUGAAGAUUUUGGUAAACGGUAUUCCACGGCUUAUCUUGCAGCUGCCUUUGGAUGUUUGAUUGGGGUACCUAUUUCUGGGCUCUUUAUAGGGUCUCAUCCUACCAGCAGGAAUUACGAUAAUUACAUUAUAUUUAUUAGUGCUCUAGGCUUUGCGUCGGUGUGUUCGUGGGUAUUGUCGAGGAUGUACGCGGUGAAGCUAAGACUUUGCGUUUAUUAA